ACAAUCUAAGCUGAGAUUAAUUAUGAAAUAAAGUUACACUUCUCCCUUCCUCAGCAGUUUCAAUCCAAUCGUGCAGUUUCUCUUCCUUUUCCCAAAGCAAACCCUGCACUGUCUCAUUCACCCCACUCACCUCAGUGUGAUUUUUAGGAACAGCAAUGAGUUUAUUCUGCAUGAUGUGUUAAAGAGUUUUCUCCCUUUACAGAUAAAACCAUGUUCAGAGCUCUCAUUCCCUGUGAAGAUCUACUUCUGUGUCACUAUUUUGUCCCUGCUGAGUGUCAUAGGGCUGACCAUCGAGACGCUGGUGCGCCAGACUGAGGAGGAUUUCACCAUUUCCUUUAUUCAGUUGGUUGGAGUUGUGUUCUGUGUGUACUACGUGAGCAGGGGCAUCCUGCAGGAGAACCGCCAGGAGCUCUCCGUGUUCGUGCUCUCCGUCCUGCUGGUGAUGCUGCGCUCCAUCAUCAACUUCAGCGUGCUCCCUGCUGAGCAGAAGCCAAAACUGCUGGCCCGGUUUGUGCUGAUCCUGCUGGUGGGCUCCUUCGAUGUCAUCUGCGCCCUCGUCCUCAUCCAGAGCCAGUCCAUGAUGGCAUUCCGGGUGGGGGGAGCCCUGGAGAGCCUCCAGUCCCAGUACUUCAUGCUCAACCUCUGCUUUUCCAUGCUCACUUUUGAUCUGCAGGCACAGCUGUGCCUGUGCAUCCUCCUGAUCAGCCUGCACGAGGUGACGCUGCUGCACAACAUCAUCUCAGCCACGGGCGUCGUCUGGGGCUGCCUGAAGGUCACCGUGGGCAUCAUUGCAAUUUUAAAAGAGCUGAAACCUCUCGUGUGGGUUUUCCUGAUUCAGAAUGUGCCUGAGGUGGUUUAUCUCAUCUACCUGCUCUACACGGUGAUAAGGGAGUGGGGCAAAGGCAGUUCUUACACCCUGGAAGCUGCUUUCAUCACUGGCUCCUGCAUUUCUGUCACAAUAAAAUCUGUUCUGUUCUGGGCUCUGGUUCACGUCUACCGUAGCUUCGGGCAGGGGCUGAGGGAGAGAAUGUUUUCUUCCUAUGGAAGGAUCGACUCCUGAGCCCUCCCAUGCAGCUCUCCCAGAGUGAAGCCACCCCAGGAGCUCCUGACCAAGGACCUGGAUUCAGGGAGGCAGUGAAGGGUCGCUUUCCCAGGAUGGAGGAGGUUCAGGAAGCUGUCACACAUUUCUU